AUGCAGCAGCAAUCCGCUUCAACAAAAGAUACAAAAAAAUCAAUGAUUGAUCAUCAAUCAUCUAAUCAAAAUUUAUCACAUAAAACAUCGUUUUUAAUCGAAGAUAUAUUAUUUCGUUCGAAAAACUCUGGAAUUUAUAGUGAACAAAAUAAUAGUUCAUCGAAACAUUCGAGCGAAAAAGCUUUCCAUAAAUAUCAACCAACUUAUUACAAUAAUAAACAUUUGAAACGUGCAAAUAGUAAUUCGUCAAGUGCAUCAGUGUUUAGUGCAUCAGGUGCAGUUUCUUCAUCGGAUGAUUAUAAAGUGCAAACAAGAUCAGAAACAUUAAGUAAUAAUAAUCGGACAGGUGCUUCACCGUCAUCGUCAGCUAAUCAACAACCAUCACAACAACAACAGUAUUUGGGUGCAAAUCAUGGAAAUAAUAAUUCGUCAUAUUUUCAAACGAACAAUACACUGAAUACACCGACAAGUGUGUCAAUUGGUCCAGCAUUUCAAACCACUGAUAAUGGGUAUAUACAGGUUGCAAUGGGCGCAUUGGGUGCAUAUUUAAGUACACCGUACAAAACAAUAUCCGAACCAUAUUUUCUAUCACAAGGAUUACCAUUUCACCAUCCAUUAUUUGGUGCAACAGCGAAUGAAUUAUCAUUGAGUGCAUUAAAACAUUGUCGGCGACGGAAAGCAAGAACUGUCUUUUCGGAUCCCCAAUUAACAGGAUUAGAAAAGCGAUUUGAAGCGCAACGAUAUUUAUCAACACCAGAACGUGUAGAAUUGGCUGGUGCAUUAAAUUUAUCGGAAACACAAGUAAAAACAUGGUUUCAAAAUCGACGUAUGAAACAUAAAAAACAAUUACGAAAAUUGAAUGAAGAUAAAAAUCAAUCAUCGUCCAAUGGCAAAUCAUUAAAUUCUUUACCAGGAACUUCUAGUGACGCUCAACCAAUGGAUUUUUCAGGUAAUCGUAGCGGUUCUGAUACAUUGGGUGGCCGUGAUAAACGUAAUGACGGUAUUAGUGAUGAUAGUAGCUGUAUAUCUGAUAAUUGUAGUGAUUGUGAAAGUGAUAUUGAUAUUGUUGGUGAUUCAAAGAAUGUCACCCUAAAUAGUGGUGCAACAGACUCUGUUAGUGUUUAUUAUGCGGGUGCAUAA